CAUGUAUAAUUCAUUAAUUUCCAAAAAUAAACGUCAACAAGAUCUUUAGGUAUCCUUUUGAACAUCAUAUACAGAAAUGGGAGCCGAAUUUAUUCAUAUUGGUGUGCAAUGUUGAGUCUCCACAGCAUAUAUAUAUAUAUAUAGUCUGAAAGGGAAUACCAAAACACUUCUUCAGUGAAGCAACCCUGUCAUUUGGUGUCACCCCAAUUAUUGGCAUUUUCAGGGCCUUUUCCGUUUGCUCUUAUCGUUCUUUGGUUAUCUGCAACAAUGACUAGCCCCUGCGGAAAUCUCAAUGGAUCAAAAUUUAGUAUGUGCAAAGAAAGAUUUAGGAAAGAAGAGAACUACCCUCGAAUAUUUGGUGAAGAUUUGCUGAGGAAAAACACUGCAAUCCCAGCUAAUCCCGACAACCAAGAACCUCAGCAUAUUGAUAAUGUGACAUGUAAGUUCAUCCCAAUACCACACCAGCAAGGAAAUGACUCCUUUAAGCAAGACUAACGUGUAGUUGAACUUGUCAACUUUCCAUUCCAUUUAACCAAACUUCAUAAAGUCUACUCUUCCCAAAUAUGUGAUAGCAAAGAAAAUCAUGUAGACUCCCACAGUCUACAAUCAUACUUCUUAUGACAAAGUUUUCGAGAUCUGCAUUUUCAAUACCAGUAAAUUAUUCUAAGAGUU